AUGUCGUUCCGCCAGCGCGUUUGGGCGCGGCGGGAGUCGCUGGGCGGAAUGGUGCUCGCCGCUUCGUGCUGCGUGCUCGCGCUCAACCUCUCCGCGCAAAGGCGCGCGCUGGGGGAGGCGCAACGGGAGCUGGCGGACGCCCUUGCGGAGGCGCAUCUGCAGUCGGAUCUUCUGGAUGCGGAGAGGCGCGCGGCGGAAGCUGCGCGCAGGGCGGAGGCGGAGAUCCGCGGAGAGCUAAGGCGUCUGCGUGCGGAAAUGCGGAGAGAAGCGGGGAAGGCAGGAUGGGGGCUGGCGGAGAGGAUCAGGGCGUUGGCGGGGAAGGACGAGGGGGAAGGGGAAGCGGGGGAACAAGGCGAAGGGGAACGAGCGGUAGAGGGAGAGAAUGGGGAAGAGCGGAGAGAAAAGGGAGAAGGGGGAGACGGGGAGGAGACAGCAGCAGAUGAAGGGAAGCAGCAGCAGCAGCAGCAGCAGGCAGAGGCGGGAUUGAGUGGGAGGGAGGGGGAAGGUGGAAUAACGGGCAUUGAGCCUUCAGCAGGGCCCGCACGAGGCGGCGGCAGCGGCGGCACGUUUGGCGCGAAUCGCAUCGUGGUGCUGUUCACCGUGUCGCUGCUGCUCGUGGCGUCCGCUGCUGCUUCAUUCUUCGCCUUCUGUCCCGCCUCCUCUCGAUCCAUCGAUGAAACCAAGGGCCAACAGCAGGUCAACGGCGCCAGUGGAGGGGCAAGAGGAGAUGCAGGAGAUGGAUCAGGGGGAGGAAGAGCAGGAGGAGCAACAGCAGGGCCGGGGGACCAAGAGGAAAUGGAUGAGAAUCAGGCACCGGAAAAUUCCGGAAAAUGUCCUCCAUCUGAGACCAUAGUCAAGGUAAGCAUUGGUAGGGUAAGCAUUGGUAGGUUAAGAAUUGGUAUGGUAAGCAUUGGUAUGGUAAGCAUUGGUAGGGUAAGCAUUGGUAGGGUAAGCAUUGGUAGGGUAAGCAUUGGUAGGGUAAGCAUUGGUAGGGUAAGCAUUGGUAGGGUAAGCAUUGGUAGGGUAAGCAUUGGUAGGGUAAGCAUUGGUAGGGUAAGCAUUGGCAUGGUAAGCAUUGGUAUGGUAAGCAUUGGUAUGGUAAGCAUUGGUACGGUAAGCAUUGGUACGAUAAGCAUUGGUACGGUAAGCAUUGGUAGGGUAAGCAUUGGUACGGUAAGCAUUGGUACGGUAAGCAUUGGUACGGUAAGCAUUGGUAGGGUAAGCAUUGGUAGGGUAAGCAUUGGUAGGGUAAGCAUUGGUAGGGUAAGCAUUGGUAGGGUAAGCAUUGGUAGGGUAAACAUUGGUAGGGUAAGCAUUGGUAGGGUAAACAUUGGUAUGGUAAGCAUGGGUGAGCUUUCUUUCAUCAUGAUUCACCUCAGCCUGUGUUGCUUUGGUUCUCACUCCAUAUACGCAUGCUUCAAUCACUCUCUUUCCCGUCUCGCCCAUAACCCCCCGUCCUCCUGCAGCACAGCCUGUGGCACGCCAGUGGGCGGUAUUUUCACACUAUGGGCGUGGCGUCUUCCCCCUGUGUUUCAUGGAUCCAUGUUUCAAUUACUCCCUCUUGUGUCCCCCAUCACCCGCCCGCACCGCAACCCCUCUUCUCCCACUGCAGCACAGCCUGUGGCAUGCGAGCAGCCGCUACUUCCACUCCAUGGGCGUCUUCCCCCUCUGCUCAUGGACGCAUGCUUCAACUACUCGUCCCCCUCUUCUUUCCCCAAUUACCUCACAGUCUGUGGCAUGCCAGCGGCCGCUACUUUCACAGCAUGGGCGUUUUCCCCCUGUGCUCCAUGGACGCAUGCUUCAACUAUUCGCGCUGACCCCCUCUUGGACUUCCCCACUGCCACUACCCCGUCCUCCUACCACUGCCGCACAGCCUCUGGCAUGCCAGCGGCCGCUACUUUCACAGUAUGGGCGUUUUCCCCCUCUGCUCAUGGACGCAUGCUUCAACUACUCGCGCUGCCCUCCUCUUGUUUUCCCCAUUACCCAUAUGCUGCCCCCCACCCCGCCCCCUUCCUACUGCAGCACAGCCUGUGGCACGCCAGUGGCCGCUACUUCCAUUCAAUGGGCGUCUUCCCCCUGUGCUCCAUGGACGCAUGCUUCAACUACUCGCGCUGCCCCGCGGACCCCUCAAAGGAGCCGCUAGUCUACUCCUACUGGCCGGGCCAGCACUACUUCAAGAGGUUCAAUGAGAGCCGCUGGCACACGGACGAUCCUGCCAAGGCGUGUUUCUUCUUUGUGCAGAUGGCACGAGGCCAGCCGAAUGAGUUUACGGAUCUGGAGCACUGGGGGGAGAUCGGGGCCAACCACGUGCUUAUCAGUUUCUCAGACUCUUGGAGCGGUCCAUCCCCUUUUGGAGUCGCCUCGGCAAUGGUUAUGGUCACCAACGCACAGGCAACACUUAUGAGAACAGAUUUCGACACGUCCAUCCCGCUGCCCCAAAUGUGGAAAAACCCACCCGUUGGGCUCCGGAACCUGCCCGCCGGAUCUGCCCGGAAAUAUUUCCUGACCUUCCGAGGCACGCGCUACCUGGGGAAUUUGAAGGGUAAUUUCCGGAGUGCGCCGGAGUUCAAGGCGUUGCACAAUGGCAAGGAUGUGGUUGUGCUCACGAGAUGCGGUGGGUCCACCAACGCACGCAUUCUCGCGGAGGAACCUUCCUUGAAGCCCGAGUGCGACGAGGAUGCCAAGCUGUACACUCAGUACGACUUUAAUGACGUCAUGAACACCACCUUCACUCUUGCACCAGCUGGCAGACAAGGGUCCACCUAUAGGUUCCUGGAGGCCCUCACUGUGGGAGCCAUCCCAGUGGUGGUGGCGGACAACUGGCGGUUACCAUUCGAUGACAUCAUCUCGUGGCAUCACUGCCUGCUGCGCUUCCCCACCGACCAGAUGCACCGAAUCUUGCCCACUCUUCGAGCCAUGGAUGAGGCUGCCAUACAGCGCAGGCAGCAGGAGUGUCUACGGAUAUAUGACAUGCACCUCUCCUCCGAUGAGGCUCUUUUGGAAUCCGUAAUGCUCUCGCUAAAAGCACACAUGGGCGUUCGUUCGGAAGAAAAGCGCGCCAAAUCCCCCAAACCCUCGAAGAAAAAGGCGAAAACAGACUCGCCGUCGGUGAAGGCCACCAAAAAGUCGAAAUCCGCGGUUACAGCCGCAGACGGCGCGGCGAAGAGCUCGCUGCGCGCCGAUGACGACACGUGGAAGCAGCGCGCCUCGACCGACAAGGACCGCGCCGAUCGCUCCGGCGGCAGCGACGGCGACGCCGCAGACGGCGCUGAGCCGGCCGAUGCCGGCGCGGCCGGCACGGCCGGCACGGCAGGAGGGGGCGAGGCCGGCGCGGGUGAUGGCUAUGAGGAGGUGACGGGAUUGGUCCUUCGCAACGAGGAGUUUGAGGACGGCAACACGGGCGGCAGCGGCAGUGGCGGCGUGCGAUGCCUGCACGAAGUUGCGUACCCCAAGGGCUGGAAGCUUCCUACCAGCAAGGAAGCUGCGCGGAAGCCGCUGCCGGAGAAGCCCGCCAAGGAGUACCCGUUUAAGCUAGAUCCCUUUCAGGAAGAGGCCGUGCGGUGCUUGGAAGCUAACGAAUCCGUGCUGGUCUCUGCACAUACUUCCGCAGGCAAGACGGUGGUGGCAGAGUAUGCCAUAGCCAUGGCGAUGCGGGACAACCAGCGCGUCGUGUACACGUCGCCCAUCAAGGCGCUGAGCAACCAGAAGUUCCGCGAGAUGAGCCAGGAGUUUGGGGACGUGGGGCUCAUGACAGGGGAUGUCACCAUCGCUCCUAAUGCCACGUGCCUGGUUAUGACCACUGAAAUUCUCCGCAGCAUGCUGUAUCGGGGAUCUGAUUUCGUGCGCGAGGUGGGGUGGAUCAUAUUCGACGAGGUGCAUUACCUGAGGGACAAGGAGCGAGGGGUGGUGUGGGAGGAGAGCAUCGUCAUGGCUCCCAAAUCGUCCCGCUUCGUCUUCCUCUCUGCUACUGUUCCAAACGCGAGGGAAUUUUCUGAGUGGGUGGCAAAGGUGCACCAGCAACCGUGCCAUAUUGUAUACACGGACUAUCGCCCCACGCCCCUCCAGCACUACAUCUUCCCCGCAGGGGGCAUGGGGCUAUUCCUAGCCGUCGACGAGAAGGGCAAGUUCCGCGAAGCUUCCUUCCAGAAGGCCAUGAACGCAGUGGAAGGGGGGGAGGGUGGCGGAAAAGGGGAGGAGGGGGAGGACGGGGGGAAGAAAGGGGGGAAGUGGGGGAAGGGCAAGCGGGGGGCGGGAGGGGGGGGCCCGGGGGGAGCUGGAGGGGGAGGGGGGAAGAAGGGGGAGGAGAGCGAUAUAUACAAGAUAGUGAAGAUGAUAAUGCAGAGGCAGUAUGACCCGGUGAUUGUGUUCUCCUUCAGCCGCGCGGAUUGUGAGGCGCUGGCGCUGCAGAUGUCCCGAAUGGACCUGAACGAUGAGGAUGAGAAGACUCUCAUUGAUGGGAUUUUUAGAAACGCCAUUGACAGCCUGGCAGAAGAGGACAAGAAGCUGCCGCAGGUGAACAGCAUGCUGCCACUGCUGCGGAGAGGCAUCGGCAUUCACCACUCAGGGCUGCUGCCGCUGCUCAAGGAAGUGAUUGAAAUCCUCUUUCAAGAGGGGCUGCUCAAGUGUCUUUUUGCCACGGAGACAUUCAGCAUCGGCCUCAACAUGCCGGCUAAGACGGUCGUCUUCACCAACGUGCGCAAGUGGGAUGGCACCAAGUCCCGCUGGCUGUCAGGAGGGGAGUACAUUCAAAUGAGUGGGCGUGCAGGCAGGCGAGGCCUGGAUGAUCGCGGUAUCUGCAUUCUCAUGGUGGACUCGAGGAUGGAGCCUGCUGUGGCCAAGGGGAUGGUCAAGGGCUCUGCAGACCCUCUAGUGAGCGCCUUCCACCUGUCGUACAACUUCAUUCUGAACCAGCUGAGGAGCCCGGAGGUGGAGAUAGAGCAGACCAUCCGCAGCUCCUACCGCCAGUUUCAAUCAGACCGAGCGUUGCCAGCCCUGCAGGCGCGCCUACAAGCUCUUGAAUCCGAGCAUUCAGCGAUCAACAUCCCCGAGGAGUCAUCCAUCCUCGCUCUCCUCUCCCUCCGCCGCCAACUCUCCGCCCUCAGAGCUGAAUUCCGCUCCUUCCUCACCACCCCCCGCCACGCCCUCCCCUUCCUCUCCCCUGGAAGGGUUGUGCGGAUUCUGUGCCAGGGGGGAGGGGGAGGGGGAGGGGGAGGGGGAGGGGCGGGGGCAGCGGAGGGGGAAGGGGAAGGGGAAGGGGGAGGGGAAGGAGGGGAGGCGGGGGGGAUUGGGAAUGAGGAGGAUGUGACUGUAUGGGGCGUGGUGGUGAAUUUCAAGAAGAGGCAGCGGAGGCAGCAGCUGACGUGGCGUACGACGUGGACAUUCUCACACGAUGCCACGCAUCCCCUGUCUCUUUCACUCACCCUUCUUUGUUUCCAACGAGCAGAGGCAGCGGAGGCAGCAGCUGACGUGGCGUAUGACGUGGACAUUCUCACGCGGUGUGUGGAGGAAGGAAGUGCAGGGCGCAUGGGGCCGCCUGGGGGGCCCAGGAAGGUGGUGCGGCCGUGCAGACCAGGAGAGGAGGGGGGCGCUCCUCUUGUUGCCUCGUUCCCCCUGACCCAGGUAUGGCACCGCCGUCGUUGCUCCCUCGUGCUCUUUCAUGUGGCGUCCCUUCACCGCCGCCCAGGAGGUGUGUGUGCUGCAUCAGAGGUUAUUCUGAGUAACAAUGGAGGAGGGGAGUGUGGGGCGCAUGGGACCGCCUGGGGGGCCCAGGAAGGUGGUGCGGCCAUGCAGACCGGGGGAGGAAGGGGGAAGUCCUCUGGUUGCGUCGUUCCCUUUUACUCAGGUGUGUGUGCUGCAUCAGAGGUUAUUCUGAGUAACAAUGGAGGAGGGGAGUGUGGGGCGCAUGGGGCCGCCUGGGAGUGGCUGGAAGGUGGUGCGGCCGUGCAGGCCGGGACAGGAAGGGGCUCUCCUCUGGUCGCAUCAUUCCCUCUGACUCAGGUAUGUUGCGGCAUGGAUUCUUCUGAACUUGUCGUCUGGACGCAUAGGGCCGCCCAGGAGCGGCUGGAAGGUGGUGCGGCCGUGCAGGCCGGGACAGGAACGGGGCAGUCCUCUGGUGGCGUCGUUUCCUCUGACUCUGUGCGACUGUUUCUCACCAAGGAUCUGAAGCACAAGGAGCCAAGAAAGGCCGCCCUGAAGUACCCCUAUGCUUCCUGCUCCUGCUCUCCUUAUCCUCGUUAUAAUCAACCCUUCUUCCAGCUGGACGGCAUAAGUGCAGUGCGCCUGUUCCUCCCAAAGGAUCUGAAGCACAAGGAGCCAAGAGAGGCCGCCCUGAAGUCGCUGCAGCAGCUGCUGCUGAGAGCAGGGGCCGAUGGAGUGCAGAUGCUGGAUCCUGAAGAAGAUAUGGAGGUGAACAGCUCAGCCUAUCGCAAGGCGGUGAGAAGAGCCGAAGCACUCGAAGCGCUGAUCGCCUCUCAUGCGCUAGCCUCGGCGCCGGACCUGCAGGUUCGGAUCCGGGAGCUGGCUCGAAAGAGCAAGCUGAAGAUUGCACUCAAAGUGCUUAAAAAGGAGGUCAAGUCGGCUGGCGGGCUUAUAUUGAAAGACGAGCUUAAAGCGAGGAUGCGGGUCCUGCGGCGAUUGGAGUACAUUGAUGAAGACGAGAUCGUGCGUGUCAAGGGGCGAGUAGCCUGCGAAAUCUCCUCAGCAGAUGAACUGGUGGUUACAGAGCUGCUCUUCAGCGCAGCCCUCGCGGACCUUCCUCCCGAGACCGUGGCAGCGCUGCUGUCGUGCUGCGUGUGGCAGGAGAAGGGGGCAGGCGGAGCGAAAAGACCGAGGGAGAGCCUGCAGGGGCCGCUGGCUCAGCUGAGGGAGAUUGCAAGGCGGAUAGCUCGAGUGCAGGAGGAGUGUAAGAUUGCUCUCGACGUGGAGACGUACGUGGCAUCGUUCCGGCCGGACAUAAUGGAGGCGGUGUUUGGGUGGUGCCAUGGGGCCGCUUUUGCUGAUGUGCUCGCAGCUGCUGACACUUUUGAGGGGUCGCUGAUUCGCGCUAUGAGGCGGCUGGAAGAGCUGCUGCAGGAGAUCAUCGUGGCGAGUAAAACUAUCGGAGAAACAAGCCUUGCAGAAAAUAUCUCUGCAGCAAGUGAGAAGCUUAAGAGAGGCAUUGUGUUUGCAGCAUCUCUUUACCUAUGA